AUGUUUGGCAACUUGCGAAUGGAUGGUCUUCUGCAGCAGUUAAUAUCUAACCCUGCAGUCAUUCAGCAAAUUAUUCAAAGCGAAGGGAUGACCAAUUUAGCUCAGAUGAUACAGCAUGAUCCUUCUUUAAUUCAAGCACUUCGUCGACCGGAAACAAUGCAAGCUUUUAUGAAUCCAAGAGUUAUAGAGGCUUUCCACCAAAUUCAUCGAGGUUUAGAUACACUGAGAAGAGAAGCGCCUCAAAUUGCUUCGUUAUUAACGCCACCAUUUGCUUCACUUAGUACAUCUUCCACUACUUCGAAUGCCGAUUCGAAUGUUGGUACAUCUCCGCCUACGACCACUACUGCUUCUGAUACGCCAAACCCUCGGGCCGACAUGGAUCAUCUAACUACUAUGCUUAACAUCAUUAAUCAGUUCACAGGAGCCAAUUUAAACGAUAACUCAUCUGUGCAACCUCCGGAAGAACGUUUUCGAGCUCAGCUGGAACAGUUGACAAGUAUGGGUUUCAACAACCGGGAAGCUAAUAUUCAAGCUUUGCUGGCUACUUUUGGUGAUGUCAAUGCGGCAAUUGAUCGUUUGCUCAGCGGACCGCCGCAAUAA